AUGGUACCACGAGCCAAGCCCCGGCAUCGACCUUGGACAGUAGCAACGCUCGCUGGUGUGGCGUCGCUGCUUCUCCCCGCUGCUACGCUCGCGCGGUUAUACACUCUAUCGCGGUUUCCAUUGUAUGCGGUUCUAUACACCUGUAUUGUUAAUGGAGUUACGUUUUUGUUUUAUGGGUAUGACAAGAUGCAGGCACGCAACAUGGAGUGGAGGGUCAAAGAAACGACAUUGCAAACGCUGGCGCUUGUUGGGGGGUGGCCGGGUGCACUGGCGGGAAUGCAUUAUUUUCAGCACAAGACGAAGAAGGUUGCAUUUCAGGCUGUUUUCUGGGGGAUUGUGCUGUGCUGGGAGGGCGUUGCUUGGUUAGUGUGGAAUGGUGGGGUAACAAUAAGAAGAUGA